AGUUAUCACAGCACUUCUUCAGGCAACUUCGAAAUUUUUGCAGUGCAUAGCAACCGCUUUGGUGAUCAACGGCCGGCACGUCGUUAAAAUUUCGUUGAUUUCCACUUUGCAACUAUUUUUAUACCCUUCUUUUUCUAACACUAAAAAUUUAAGAUGCGUGAAAUCGUUCAUUUACAAGCCGGCCAGUGCGGGAAUCAGAUCGGAGCGAAGUUUUGGGAAGUAAUAUCUGAUGAGCACGGCAUCGAUCCCACGGGCACUUACCACGGAGAUUCAGAUUUGCAGCUGGAAAGGAUUAAUGUCUACUACAACGAAGCAACGGGCGGCAAAUAUGUUCCGCGUGCAGUUUUGGUUGACUUGGAACCCGGCACUAUGGACUCGGUGCGCUCGGGACCUUUUGGACAAUUGUUUCGACCGGAUAAUUUCAUUUUCGGGCAAAGUGGUGCCGGUAAUAAUUGGGCAAAGGGCCAUUAUACGGAGGGUGCGGAAUUAGUGGACUCAGUGCUGGAUGUCGUUAGAAAGGAAGCGGAAAGCUGUGAUUGCUUGCAAGGAUUUCAGCUGACGCAUUCGCUCGGCGGUGGCACCGGCUCUGGUAUGGGAACGCUGAUGAUUUCCAAGAUACGCGAAGAAUAUCCCGAUCGUAUUAUGAAUACCUUUAGCGUUGUCCCUUCACCAAAGGUGUCAGAUACCGUAGUGGAACCGUACAAUGCGACCUUGUCAGUCCAUCAGUUGGUUGAGAACACGGAUGAGACGUUUUGCAUUGACAACGAGGCGCUGUACGACAUCUGCUUCCGCACACUGAAGCUGACCACUCCGACAUACGGCGAUCUGAACCACCUGGUGUCGGCUACGAUGUCCGGCGUGACCACUUGUCUGCGUUUCCCCGGCCAGCUGAAUGCUGAUUUGCGUAAAUUGGCUGUCAACAUGGUGCCCUUCCCGCGUCUGCAUUUCUUUAUGCCCGGCUUUGCUCCAUUGACGUCCCGUGGUUCGCAGCAGUAUCGCGCUUUGACUGUUCCGGAAUUAACUCAGCAAAUGUUCGACGCGAAAAAUAUGAUGGCGGCUUGUGAUCCGCGGCAUGGGCGAUACUUGACGGUCGCGGCCAUUUUCCGUGGCCGCAUGAGCAUGAAGGAAGUGGAUGAACAGCUGCUCAACAUUCAAAACAAAAAUAGCAGUUAUUUUGUGGAAUGGAUUCCCAAUAAUGUGAAAACCGCGGUGUGCGAUAUUCCUCCACGUGGCUUGAAGAUGUCUGCUACAUUCAUCGGAAAUAGCACCGCAAUUCAAGAAUUAUUCAAGCGUGUUUCAGAACAGUUUACCGCCAUGUUCCGUCGGAAAGCUUUCUUGCAUUGGUACACUGGUGAAGGCAUGGAUGAAAUGGAGUUUACGGAAGCGGAAUCCAACAUGAACGAUUUGGUGUCCGAAUAUCAGCAGUAUCAGGAGGCUACGGCCGAAGUUUUGGGUGAAUUCGAAGAGGAAGGUGAAGGUGGCGAAGCGGAAGCCUAAUCUACUCUGCGCACUGUAUCUACUAUCUAUUUAUGUGGUUGAUUAUUAAACCGAAUUAUUGGGAAUUAUUAGUACAUUAAAACCCAGCAGAAACAUCGCAUCAGUCUUUGUAUUUCCAAGAAUCAUUUAGCCAUGAGAUUCCUAGUUUAGUUUUGGGUCUCUGAUAUACAUUUCCGUUUGCAUGUGUGCCGCUGUUUUAUAUAAUAUUAUUUCUAUAUUUCCGUUUAAUGUUUGGUUAUGAUAAUUGGUUAUUUGCUUCUUUGUUAAGCUGUCUUGGAUAUAUAAGUACGUAUUUGUUUUUAUUAAUAAUUAAUUAUUCGAUUAAACGAAUUCUAGUUCCCAGUGAGGACUUGUUUUAUUUAGCUC